AUGGUCUUGUCUCUGGUUCAGCUCAGCUCGAGGACGGUUGUCCAGGUCUUCGACAUUGCUACUUCUCCUCUUUUAUUCCUUGGCUUGUCUUCCCGUCGUAGCAUGCCUGAAGCUACUCUUAUUAGCACUCUUCCUGAUUUUACAUCUGUCUCUCGGAAUCUGCGUAAUCCUUUGGUCAAGGCUCUGGUUGAAAAUCCAAACAUGGCUACUGUUUCUCUUUGUGGUGAUUAUGGGUGGCUGUCCGAUUGGAGAUUUGUUGUUCUUGCUCGCGGUGGGUUGGAGAAGUGGCGCUUCUCUAGUUUGGCUUUUCGGUUGGCUUCCAUCGACGAUGACAUUUUAGGUGGUGGGCCGUCCUGGUGCAGAGUUUGA